CAGAAAAAGCUGUAUUUUAUCUUUUAAUCAAAUAACCCUUUUCAGUUAAAGAAAAUUUUAAGAUUAUUAUUAUCUGCAUGACUUUAUAUAAAAGGGGACACGAAAACUUAGUUGUCAUCUUCAUUUACGUUUAGAAGGAAAAAAAAGCAGGGAUAUUUGGAAAUGGCAAACCUUUGGUUCACUCUUGCAGUCUGUGCUAUCGCUUUAGCAACAUUAUCAAGAGCUGAUGAAGACUUAAAGCUUAUAAAAGCAAUUUGUGCUAAAAACAAUGAUAAUUUGCUGAAGGACUUGGCACUGUGUGAAGAUUCAUUUGGAUCAGAUAAUGUUCAAGCUUGCUUUAAAGAACAUAACCAAAGACCGGAUGAGCUUAAAGACGAGGAAAAAGGAACUGCCUGUGUUUUCACCGCUUUCUUAAAGAAUGAUGCAAUGGAUUUACUAGGCAUUGGCUUUUAAGAAGAAGGAAGAACAGCAGAAAGAAUCAUAAGAUAUGAUUAUAGUUUAAAAUGAGCUGUUACUAUAUCCUUAAAUAAAUGAACUGUUACUAUAUGAAAAAUAUAAUGUAAAUUUUUUUUAAAUAAACUUUAUCUUCUA